CAGUCUGCUAUCUAUAUUGAGGCACAGACCAGCCCAGCUCACAAAGGCUGAACGAGGUGCUGCCCCACUGCCACCAUGCCGGAAGUCGAGAGGAAACCCAAGAUCACUGCCUCCCGGAAACUCCUGCUGAAGAGCCUGAUGCUGGCCAAGGCUAAGGAAUGCUGGGAGCAGGAGAAUGAGGAGCGUGAGGCUGAGAAGGCGCGUUACCUGGCUGAGCGCAUCCCCACGCUGCAGACCCGGGGCCUGUCCCUCAGCGCCCUGCAGGACCUGUGCCGGGAGCUGCAUGCCAAGGUGGAGGUGGUGGAUGAAGAACGGUAUGACAUUGAGGCCAAGUGCCUCCACAACACCAGGGAGAUUAAGGACCUGAAGCUGAAGGUUAUGGACCUUCGAGGGAAGUUCAAACGCCCACCCCUCCGUCGGGUCCGUGUCUCAGCUGAUGCCAUGCUCCGGGCCCUGCUGGGCUCCAAGCACAAGGUAUCCAUGGACCUGCGGGCUAACCUCAAAUCCGUGAAGAAGGAAGACACAGAGAAGGAGCGACCUGUAGAAGUGGGCGACUGGAGGAAGAAUGUGGAGGCCAUGUCCGGGAUGGAAGGCCGGAAGAAGAUGUUUGAUGCUGCCAAGUCUCCAACCUCACAGUAGAGGAAAGCCUACUGGGCUGUGCUCUGGGCUCCUGCUUCAUGCUUCUUCCUCCAGCCCUGCUCACUUAGCACCCCGUGCCAUAUCCCCAUCUGGAGCAGCCCUCCCUGGCCCCACCUCUUCCCUCCAGCGGCUCACUCUCCUCCGGAACCAGGAUG